AUACCGGAUGAGUUCAGCGGAUAUAGUGCAUGUGACUUUCGCCUUUCACAGCGAUAUAACAAAUACAUCGAAGGGAUUCUAGUACCUCGCGGGAUGAUCCUAGACAGAUUGGAGAAAAUGGCAUUAGAUAUACUGGACAACCUGGAAAAGCGAGGAUCAACAUCUCUAACACUUUUGUGCAUUUUGAAAGGAGCAUUCAAAUUCGCUGCUGAUUUGUGUGAACAGCUGGAAGCCGCUGCGUUUUCGAGACAAAAGAAUAUAACCAUACAUCUUGAUUUUGUUGUUGCCAACACCUAUGUGAAUGAUAGAGUUGGGCACGAGACUCGAUUAACUAUGUGCAGCGACCCGGGCAAAUAUGAAAACAAAGAUAUUCUCGUUGUUGAGGAUCUCGUUGACACUGGAACAACACUCCACAAGCUGUACUCCUACCUGAAGUCACUUAAUCCGCGUUCAAUCGAAGCAGCGUGCUUAUUGGUGAAACGUCGACAAGACUGCGUUUCCUUCGACCCUGAUUACGUUGGUUUUGAGGUUCCCGAUCGCUUUAUCGUUGGUUACUCGAUCGACUAUAGCGACCACUUUCGCGAGCUACCCCAUAUUUGCGUGGUGAACGAUCAAGGGAAGAAACAAUUCGCAGUCAGAGAGUAACACAGUUUUUUCUAAGCCGAUACUACUAUGUAGUUGACUGACCUCAUUUCUUUGAAAAUUAAUGUGUGUCAGAAUAAUUAUCUUACAAAACAAAAUUACAUAAACC